AUGACACAUAACAGCUAAAAGAACUUUUAAGGAGAGGGCUUAGAGUAUUUAACUAAUCUGAUGCUGAUGGUGGGACACCACUUCACAGCUGCAGAGACUUGCGCAAUCGAUUGUGCUAAAAUAUUACUUGAGCAUAAUGCGGAUAUUGAUGCCUAAAACUUUAGUGGAUAGACUUCAUUUCAUGUUUGCGCAGAGAAGCAAGACUUUGUAUUUGGGAAAUUCUUAUUGAAAAAUAGAGCUAGGAAAAAUUGUCGAAGCGGAUGUAACAAAUGUAGAUUUUUUGUGAAAUAAAUUGAAAGACAUGAUAGAAAUUAAAGAGAAUAUGAGCUUAAACAGUAGUAGAAUAAACUUGAAGAGUAGAAAAUACUAGAAUAAGACAAAGAAGAUCAAAAGCUAGCAGAGCAGCUGAGCUAAUUAGACUUAAUGGAGGAGAUACAGAAAUGCAGGGUAUAAACAGGUGGACCAUUUUUCAAUAAAAGGGAAAAUAAAAGACUAAGAGAACAAUAAGAGAAAGUUAGAAAAGAGGAAGAGCUGAGAUAACAGUAAUUGAUGAAGUUAUAGUAAGCAAGACGAGGUAACGUCUAAACUUAGCCUUUUAUCAGACAGUAAGUUGAUGGGAGUGAACUGAAUAAAUCUCAAGAUAGUGAGCAAAUAUAACCAUAGAUCAGGCCAAGUAACAAUUCAAAACAAAAUGAGUAAGAGUCUUAAAUGAUUAAGGAGUAAAAUCCUGUAAAAAAAGAGUUCAUAAAAUCUCAGAACUCUCAAUAAAGCAGGCCUAACAUUACUUCACAGACUUAAGUAUCACCCAGAGAGAAGGCGAAAUUGAAAAAUUAGACGCAUAUCUUCAUGGAUCAACCUAAAGAUGACUUAAUGCCUCCGCCUUAUAUUAGCGAAUCGUAAGGUAACUAAACGUCGGUUAAUCCAAGGAAAAAGAACAAGAAAAGGAGAUAAAAGUAGACUGAAAUCAUGGAGGAGGAGAAAAAGAUGGCAAAAUCGUAGUGUUCCUAAGAGUAUGAGUCUGAAGGAGAUAUUUAAGCGUUCUACAAGUGA